AGAAGAAGUGAGAUAGAUCAUGGUUGUGUUCAAACACUUCCUUCCCCAUCCCUGAAAUGACACAAUCAUUUACAUGUUUUACUCAAAUAGCCGAGUGACAUUCUGACUUAGAACGUGGCUGGUAGUUUGUUGUUUGUAAUCCUAGUUUGGGACUUCAAUAGUGAAUCUAUAGUUGCCACAUCAGUAGAUACCUAUUAUAAAGGAACAUGUUUAUGAUGUUUGGACUUCUGAUGAUGUCAGCAGAACCCUCUUAUGGCAUGGAGACAUACUGUACUGCCACACAGAACGGGUCGUGUUACGGAGCUCUGGGAGGAACUGUCUAUCUCCAGCUGAUGAAUGAUGCCACAGGAUUUCAACUUACAUUCAAAAAAAACGAAACUGGUGCUAAUAAAGAGAUAUUCAAAAUGAAACAAAACAAAAUAAUCCAUGAAUUCAUUAAAGCCAGAUCAGAGUUCUUUAUCAAUAAUGGGACAUUUAAAAUAAAUAACACAGAGUGGAGUGAUUCUGCUAAAUAUUCUUUAGAAAUCCACAAUUCAGAUGGAACUUACUUGGACACUAGAGGAGUACAACUGACCAUCGGAGGAGGAUCUUAUGGCACUGUCAUAGGGUCACUAGUAGCUGUGGUCCUGGUCCUUGCAGUGGUGGUGGGAGCUUACUGUAUUCGCAAGAGGAGGAACCCUCCACAGGCACCAGAUGCUGAUGGAGUCCAGAACUGGAAUGUGAUUCAUCACUAUUCUAAAGAAAGACGGAGAAACAGAAGAGGUUCAGAGGAGGUGUUGUAUGGACAGAUUGCUAGGGGGUGCCAAAUCUACACUGAGCAGACACCUGAGGGGCAGGAGGAGACUUUGUAUGCUGGAAUACAGCUUGGCCAAUGA